AUGAGUCAAACAGAUCAAUGGCCCAUAUUGGACGAUCGCGUGUCUGAACCACCUCCAACCUUGCAGUGGACUCCACGACAGGACACGGAGACACAAAACAGCAACAGAAAUGAGUCCCUUUUAACUGCCGAUUGGCUUGAAACAAUUGUCAUGGGACACCGCGUACCAAGUGCAGUCCCCGCCACGUUGAGGGCGGAGCUUUCCCAGCACCGGGAACCCGAGCACUCGCCUACCCAGCAAGAUACCACGCCUAGCGAUCGAUUUCCUACAACAUGGGAUCGGCUCGCCUCUCGUGAGAAUCCGGCUACUAUCCAUCUGCCGUCCUAUCUACCGCCGCUGGCAGAAGCCCUGAGUCUAUUUCAGUAUUAUUGUAAAUAUCUUGACUUCCAGUAUCAUGUCAUCAUACCCAGUCACGUGGAACAACAGAUUCAGACAAUUUACGAUUGUGCUGUGCGAAAUGAGCCCAUCAAUUUGGCCCAUACUGCGCUGCUGUUUGGGAUCACUGCUGCCGCCUUGUAUUACCAACUCCUAGUUGAGUCACCCGAGCACGCAGAACCAUUCAGUCAAGAAAGUACAUUCUUGGCAGGCUCCGCAUUGAUUCAGAGCAACUAUAUACCUUAUCCCAAUCUUGAAGGACUGCAAGCGACUAUGAUCAUUGGUCAUCAUCUGUCCAAUAUGGACUUGCCCUCCUCCGUCAGUCCUUUAUUUGUGCAUAGGUCAUUCGUGAGUCAAGCCACGAGUAUGAGGCUUCAUCUUGUGGACUCUCCUCGGAUCGUAGCCGAACGGUCAGCAAACGGGUUUGAUAAACCCAAUGUUGAACUCAAGCGACGGCUGUGGUGGGACUUGGCAACAUAUGACUGGUUUCUAGGCUUUUUGAGUGGACCCCAAGAGUGGACGUACUCGAUUCAACCUCAGCAUAUGGUUGUACAAGAGCCUCUUAAUGUCGAGGAUGAAGACAUCGACCAUAGCGAGAAUGGUGUCCCUCUAUCUACUCCAACCGCAAUGUCAUUCAGUCUAUGUCGAUUGAAGUUAGCUGUUGUAUGUCGCCAAAUUGUUGACACCAUGUCAUACUAUCAUUUUCAUGGACAAGAGGUACCCUAUGAGAAGAUACUCGAGCUCGAUCAAAAGCUUCACAAGGUAUCUCGUGAGAUUCCCAGUUAUUUUCGCUUUGACCAAGCUUCUCGGCGUAGAUACUCGGCGCUUUAUCGUGAGCGACCAGCCCUUGCGUGGCAGCGAGCUGUGGUGCAGCAGGGCUUUCAUUCACGACUAUGCCGCUUGCAUCGCCACUACUUCGUGCGCGGAGCAAAGGACCCCAAAUAUUCUUAUUCCCAUGUGAUAUCCCUUCAGUCUGCCCGGAGGGUACUGGAAGUAAAACGCAUUAUGGAUGAGGAAGAGCCUGCCUUCACCCCGCAUAGCUCGGUCAUAUGGGCAGUCAUGCACCACGUAUUCAUGGCAGCCGCCAUCCUCCUGAUAGAUGUCUGUUUUAAUUGGGAUGACAUUUUGGCCGAGAAGCGAAAAGAGGAGGUACUCAGAGCUUGUCGAAUGCUUAGCCGGGCACAACAAUCUUCGCCUACCGCACGUGAGGGAAUCAAUGCUAUGAUGGAUAUCUUGCGAAGGCAUUGGAAACACGAAAAAAGUGCAAGUUCUCGCGACUCACAGGAGCAUUCUGCAUCUUCAAAUUCGGAUGCUACAACAGAAAGUGCCCCACGGCCGGAUUUACUCACGCCUGUUUCAUUAGGUUCGAAGAGUGCCGUUCCAUUUCCUCCACAGAAUUCCAUUGGUCAAUCAACGGUGUUCUCUUCAGCAGAUGCGCUGCCUAGUCCAGUACCACUUGAAGACAUAUGGGCGGAAAUGUUAGAGAGCAGCGCUAAUAUUGAGCUGAAUACACCAGACUGGACAGACUUGCUUACCGAGUUGACAAAUGUCACUUUGCCAAUCGAGUGA